UUUUCUGCAGGGGAGAGUUGCUAUGGCAGGAUUUCUGCUCAUCACUGUGCUUUUUUAUCUGAACUGUGGCUCAUUUGUUGUUGUUAUAAGCAGACCUGCAGAUGGCACAACCUCAAGGAGAGCCACUGUGGCUUUAAACACAGCUCUAACUUCAACUGAGAGCCUUUUUUCUGCAGGGAAACCCAAUACCACUGAGGUUCCCACCGCAGGAUUCACAACUAGGUAUCGUAAGUCAAUAAGCAAACCCACCACAGCUCCAGAAAGUCUGAGUGAAGCUGCUGGUAAAACAACUGAAAGAGAAGAAGAAGGUCCUCCAGAGUUGGAAUGUCCUCCACUGGGUCUCGAGUCACUGAAGGUCAAAGACACACAGCUGAGGGCUUCGUCCUACAAGCGCCGAGGCCUGGGUCCCCACAGGGGUCGACUCAACAUCCAGUCUGGAAUAGAGGAUGGAGAUAUCUAUGAUGGGGCCUGGUGUGCUCAGUACAGAGAUAAGAAGCAGUGGCUGGAGGUUGACGCUCGACGGCUGACUCGCUUUACUGGUGUCAUCCUGCAGGGGCGCAACUCCAUCUGGAGCUGGGACAUUGUGCAUACCUACAAGGUGCAGUUCAGCAAUGACACACUGGUCUGGAAGCCAUGUAUGAACGGGACUGAAGAGGCUAUAUUUGAAGGAAACCAAGAUGCAGAGACACCCGUCCUCGCCCUCUUCAACACUUCCACAGUGGCACGCUAUAUUCGGAUCAACCCACAGUCCUGGUACCAGAAUGGGACGAAGGGGCACAUCUGCCUGAGAGCUGAGGUGUUGGGCUGUGCACUCUCAGAUCCAAACAGUAUCUAUCCAUGGCAGACAGAGCCCACAGAGUCCAAAGACAAGCUGGACUUCAGACACCACAACUAUAAGGAGAUGAGAAAGCUGAUGAAGUCAGUACAAGAGGAGUGCCCUGACAUCACGCGCAUCUACAGCAUCGGGAAGAGCUAUAUGGGGCUGAAGCUCUAUGUCAUGGAGAUCUCCGACAAUCCAGGAAAACACGAGCUGGGAGAACCAGAGUUCCGAUAUGUUGCAGGGAUGCAUGGAAACGAGGUGCUGGGACGAGAGCUCCUGCUAAAUCUCAUGCAGUACAUCUGCCAGGAGUAUAAACGGGGAGACCAGCGCAUAGUGCACCUGGUCAAAGAGACCCGCAUCCACCUUCUGCCCUCCAUGAACCCCGAUGGAUAUGAGAUGGCUUUUAAAAAGGGCUCAGAGCUGGCAGGCUGGUCGCUGGGACGUUACAGCUAUGAAGGCAUCGAUAUGAACCACAACUUUGCUGACCUCAACUCAGUGAUGUGGAUCGCCAUCGAGCUGGAGACAGACCGGUCCAAACUCAUCAACCACUAUUUCCCCAUCCCUGAACAGUACACCACCGAAGAAGCUUUUGUGGCGUCAGAGACCCGAGCUGUCAUCAGCUGGAUGCAGAACAUCCCAUUUGUUCUGGGUGCCAACCUCCACGGUGGAGAGCUGGUGGUCACCUACCCAUACGACAUGACACGGGACUGGGCGCCUCGUGAGCACACGCCCACCGCUGAUGAGAGCUUCUUCCGCUGGUUGGCGGUAGUGUACGCCAGCACCAAUCAGGUGAUGUCCAACCAUGACCGCCGGCCGUGCCACAACAAGGACUUCCUGAGAUACAACAACAUCAUCAAUGGAGCCGACUGGCACAAUGUGCCUGGAAGUAUGAAUGACUUCAGCUAUCUGCACACCAACUGCUUCGAGGUGACUGUGGAGUUGUCCUGUGAUAAAUUUCCUCACGCCAGCGAACUUCCCAUCGAGUGGGAAAACAACAGGGAGUCUCUGCUGACUUACAUGGAGCAGGUGCAUCGUGGUAUUAAGGGUGUGGUUCGCGACAAGGAUACGGGGGCUGGAAUAGCAGACGCCGUUAUCAAAGUCGAUGACAUUAAUCAUCACAUUAGAUCAGUGGCCGAUGGCGAUUACUGGCGGUUGCUGAACCCCGGCGAGUAUCGGGUGACGGCCACCGCAGAGGGCUACUUCCCCUCCUCCCGCACCUGCCAGGUCAUGUAUGACCACUACCCCACAAUCUGUGAUUUCCGCCUCACUAAGAUGCCCAAAGAGAGGCUGAAGGAGCUUUUGAUGAAGGGAGGGAAACUUCCCAAAGACCUGCAGCUCAGGCUGCGGCAGCUACGCAUGCGGAAGCUGCGUGUCACCACCAAGGCAAUCAACCGGAGACGCGCUGCUGCUGCUGCAAAACGGGCAAAGAGGGUGUGAUAAUGAUCGUGAUCAAAGCGAGAACAAAGCAGGACUUGGUUCAAAGACCCACCUUCGCAGGAUUCACACAUUAGAAAUGUUUUUAUCUUCUGCUGUGGAGCAGCAGAGCAACUUAGGAAAAAGUCUGCAGCGAAAGCCACAUUAAUUAUUCUGAUUUCUGGGGAAAAAAAUGUAUGUGAUGUCAUAUUGUUUUCUUUGAGCUCAAGAGAAUGAACACAUUUUAUAAGAGAAGUCAA